GCAGGGAAUACACCAUGGAUCUUGUUGCUGGUGUCCGAAAGGAAGGCAGCCGCGGCGGCCGUGGCGACUUCAAAUGGUCCGACGUCAAAGAGUCUUCGCACCGCGAGAACUAUCUUGGCCAUUCGCUCAUGGCCCCCGUCGGUCGCUGGCAACAAGGCCGGGAUCUGACAUGGUACGCGAAGGGUGAAGCGUUAGAUGAGGAAGAGAAAGCGAGAAGAGACCGCGAAGAGAUCAAACGCAUCAAAGAGGCCGAGGAAGAAGCGAUGGCUCGCGCUCUGGGCCUGCCUAUCCCUCCGAAGAGUGCUAGUGCAGCUAACGCCAAUUUGACUCCUCUAGGCGCGAAGGAUGUUCAGAAGGCAGUACGUGAUACCACAGCCGACGAAGACCUGUCCAACGACGGAAUGGGCAAAGGUGUUGGUUUUGGUUCCUAUGGAGGUGGUGCGCAGAUUGGGGGAGAUGAUGAGAAACUAGAAGCUGUUGGUCUACUUCCAGAAGAACGAAGACAUCGCAAACGCAGCCGCAGUCCGCGGAGGGAGAAAAUACGAUAUCACAAUGGUAGUCGCGAUAGGGAGAGGGAGCGAAGGCAUCGCAGACAUCAUGAUGACCGCGAGCGGCACCAUCGUCACAGUCACAGGCAUAGGUCGAGGUCAAGGUCGAGCCCCCAUAACAGGUAUCAUCGGAGAAGAAGGUCGGGUUCUCGUUCUAGGAGUGGGGAUAGGUGGAGAGAGGACGGUCACAAGAGAUCCCAUCGAUCGGAGCGCGACUUCCCUUCAGACAGCCGUGACCAUCGCUCUCACAGAAAGGAGAGAGAUCAUGGUUACAGUCAUCGGCAUUGAUUCGCUUCCUCGAUACCCUUUUCUAAAUUUCUAAUUCCAACGGGCGCAGGCGUUUUUGGCAUUGGGAGAAUCAUGAGAGCCAAGAUAGUCCAUUCUAUUCGGGUUUUAAUUCAUGCAAUGAAGGUCGGGCAUAGACAUCAUCUUCACGACCAAGCU